AUGGCAAAGCUUUACUUCUCAUGGGUUGACCAUGGGACAGAUAGACAAGAGGUGGAGUGGUGUCGGGUAGAAACUUCUGCCGGACAAACUUGUAUGGCCCUAGUUCGCUGGAAAACUCCGCCCGAGAACGAGUCUCAAGAACCAGAUCAAAAAAGCGUACGCGAACGUGAAAGAUAUCGGACCUACGGUGGUCGCCUUUGUGCCUUAAAGGCUGCGUCGGCCGGAUCGACGCCCCAUGCCAUCACGGCUGGUUGUGGGGACCGCGAGUUGCAGCAACUCGCACCAAACCACAACAAAUUAAUCGGCCGCAACCCGAUAAUCGUGAGGCUCUCCAGGGCGGCGAUCCAGGAAAAUGCCUCGCGGCGUCCUCAUCAAGUUUACAAUGACGGAGGUAAAUGGCACGACGUGGCGUUGUCACACAAGAAACAUGGGUCUGCGAGGACAACGAGUUCUCUUCCUGAGAUACGUUCGACUUUAAACAAUCCCAAUCUCCGUCGUUGUAUAAUGGAGAAAAAAUUCAAGGAGUAA